UUUCAUGCAAAUAAAUAACCAGAGGACAAAACCCAAACUGGAGCCUUAGAGAUAAGGUGACAAGAUGAUGACCCACAGCAGAAAAACUGUGAAACGCCUAGAUAAGGGUAACAAAAGACUCAGUUUUGCCUGAAACUCUUGAAGGGUGAGACACAAGAUCAUCAUAUCCACUGCUGAAAUGUAUAAAAGGUGCAUACAAAAAUGAAGAAGAACCCAUCCCAGAGAUGCAGCGGAGUGGUGGUGUUAUCCUAUGUGCUUCCUGCUAUACUUGGCUGAUCCUGAGCAGAUUGAUGCAUACAGUCCUGUCCAUCCAUCCUGUUUGAAGGGGUGGGUUGUGCAGGUGAGUUUCUGGUUCCUUGUGCCUUCCUGCUGCCGUGCUCCUGGUCUGAUGCUGUGGAUGCUGUCUGGCAGACACUGGACACUGCUGCAGGCAGACUCUUGGGCUGCCUUUGAAGAAGGCAAGCUCACCAGUCCUUAACCAGCCAGCAAAGAUAUUCAAAGCCAUGUGGAAGAAAUAAGCCUAAAACUUCUCUCAGAGAAGAUACACUAUAGAAAGAUAGGGUUAGGAGGCGGAGACUCCCCAGCGCCGCUUGUAGCUGAACCACAACUGUAAAACGCUGCCAUAAAGCCUGUGUGGAUUCCUAGUAAGAUGGAUGCUCGACAUAAGUUGAAGAUUUUGGUGAUGUUUCUGUCUCUGGCUACUUUCACGGUCAUGGUGAUAAUCAAUGCUGGAAAUGCCACUGGGACUUUCCAAGGUCUGUUUAGGACAACCCCCGGAAACAUCUCGGCCAAGUACAGCACUGAUUUCACACCAGCUGGCUGGACUUUCCUCAUCUGGAAUGUCAUCUACGCCUGGCAGCUCGCCUGGCUCCUCUACGCCUUGUCAGGGAUCUGUCGAAGGAAUGAACUUGGAUAUGUCUUCAUAAAGCCAGACUUGCUGCCAACACCUUUUUAUGUGGCAUGGUGUCUGAAUAAUGGCCUCAAUGUUGGAUGGCUCUUUCUGUGGGAUCGAGAAUACCUCCUUCCAGCCCUGGUGUUCCUGGCAAUCCUCUCUCUUACCACAUGUGCCUCCCUUUUUGUUUCCCACCGAGCCUUGAGCAUCCAUUCCUCAUGGUUUGUGAAGGCUCACAAAGCUGAGCUCUGGCUCAUCCGCAUUCUGGUGCAGAACGGGCUGGCCCUGUACGUGACAUGGACCAGCAUCGCCACGCUGCUGAACUUUGCCGUCGUGCUGAUCUACAAGUGGAACGUGUCCAAUGAGAAAGCAACCACUGCUUCCCUGAGCAUCCUGGCUCUCGGGCUGGUCACAUGGUUUUAUCUAGAAAACUACUUUCUUGACAAGUAUGUCCGCUAUAACCUCACAGUCUACCCAGUGGUGAUAGCAGCUCUGACUGGCAGCGCGUGCAGGAACGGCUCAUUUUCAUCCUCACUGACCAACGACAUUUUUAUAGUUGUUCUCCUGGCAUUGACGUGCUUGAUCUUUGCUGUUCGGCUGGGACUAGUCACAUGGAGACACUGGAAGAGACCACUGGAAGCAUCAGAAUCCCCAGGUCCAUCAGGCACAGUGGCCUGAGACCUCUGGCACAUUGUGGCUGAUAUUUGAAAGGGAGAAAAAUGAAUUGGGCAUGUGCUGGUCCUUCCUUCCUGUAUCCAUUUCCUUGUGCAUUUCUCUCCUUUUCUCCAUUCCAAAUGCAGAUGUCUUGUGUCUGCAAAUGUGUCUUGCUCCCACAUUCUCUCAGAUCAGCUACUCACAACCCUGUCUUGAAUUCCUUUGAUUUUACCCUGGAAAAGUUCAGGAAAAGGUCCUGAGUAGCCCUGUGCACCUUUGUGAUGCCGGGGCUGUGGCUCUCUUCUCCUGCCACUGCAAGGAUGGCUGCCAACAGGCACCCAGCAGGCUUGCACACACAGUUGUUCUUAUUUUUUUUCUUGGUAGCUCACUUUCUCUGAAGUGCAGAUCCAAAUGAACUGUCCCUGGGGUUCCAGGGGAGCAGUGGGAGGUCUGUCAUUCCCUUGGCCAUCGGUGCUGAGCAUCCUCAAGCCCUGGUGCUGUCAGCAGAUCUCCUGCAGGCAGCCACUGCUCCUUUUCCUGCUUCUUUUCAGCAUGACAGGAACAGAUACUACAAUUUGAUAUCUACCUUUGCAGUGUCAGCUCUGCUGUUUGAUAUUCAAGGGGGCAGGGGGAGUGACUGAAGAUUUCUGACACAAAUGUGUCGCCUUUCCCUGAGCUGUGCACAGCUUGGGCUGGCUGGAUGUCUGUCACUGGGGGAGGGUUUGUGGCUACUCUGGAAGGAGGUUAGAUGUACAGAUGAGCUGGUACCUGAUCUGGGAUGAAGUCUGAUGCUUCAAAGGAAGCCUGUUUAAAAAAAAAAAAAAAGAAAAAUUGAACCCGUAGAGCGAGUUCAUCCUGCAUCAGUGCCUUCUCAUGUGGCUUCACCACUUCUGAGUUGGGAUUAGGAAGCCUAAAACUGGAUUGACUGAAUUUUUGGACCACUGCCUUUCCUUCCUGUGCCUAAUUGAGAGUUGGUGGUGCCUCACAGGUGUCUGGAAAGUCUUUGCACCAGAAAGGUGCUUUCAAUGCAUCUUGCAGUGUUAUUAACAAAGCCAAAUUCUAAAAUAACACGUGCUGUUGUUUACAUUUAGCAAAAACCAAAAGCAGUGUAAUGCAAUUCCUCUCAUCAUUCUGGUGGUUUUUUUUUUUUUUGUUGUUGUUUUUUUUUUUAAUUUUCAAAUAAAUCAGCUAAUUCUACCACUCUGCCAGUAACUCUGUAAAUCAUCUACAGCAACUGUCCUGGCUCCCACCUCACUCAUGCCCAGGGUUCCGGAGUGACUCUGGUCCCUUGCUGGGAUCUCAUGGAUGUAGGUGCUUCCACUGAUGAUCAGCCUUGGAGGUGAAGAGUUGGAGGUUGUAGAUUGCUAGGUAUGAUUUAAACUCCUUUGACCAGCAUGCUGUUCAUUAAGUUUCUAUUUUAUUGGCUCUGCCUCCCAAGAGCCCAGCUAAUAAAUUCCCAGCAGCCUCUCCAUAAGCUGCCUUCUUUAAUACAGGGGCAUUAAAUCCACUGGCAUGGGGAUUAAGGGGUCCAGGCAAGGUGAGAAGCUGCUGUGAGGCUGUGCAGUAGUUAAUACAUGGGAGGGUUUUGCAUCCUCCCCAGCAAGGGCACUGCAAACACCUCCUGGACUGGGGCAGCCACGCUGCUUUUUCACAGGACAUUAAAAAAUGCCUUCAGGAGGUUUCUUGGUGUCUGUACCUCAUUUCUGUGCUGGCCACAUGACCAGAAGCUGUAUCAAAGAAUGCAAUUAAUUAUCUGGGGAGAGUUGACAGGGCUUUUGCAAAGAGAAGUCCUGUCUCACAAACCUGAAGGGGUCAAAAAGCACAGGCAAGGGUGAACUGUCCCAUAUUGCCACUGGCCUCUACAGAGGCACAAAAGCUGCCAAGAAAAUCAAAGUCCUCCCACUGGAGAUUACAGUUGGGAAGCAGAGAGAUUGUUUCUCCAGGAAGAGAGCUUGCUGGAGCCAUGUGUUACGGGCUGGAUAACGUGGUCACUAAAAAGGAAGGGAUUGAACAGUUAUUUAGGAUGGUGAAGGAGAAGGCAGACUGGGGAAUUGCAAAAAGGUGUUAUGAAACUAUGGAACUGAUAGAGGAUUGAAAUCAUUGCAGGGGUGUCCCAAAUGAUGCUGUGCUUCACCUUGCAAGUGACACCCUCUUACCUGGCCCCUGCCACUUGGGCACAGAGUUUGGGGUGUUGGCAGCUGUUUUCACCCAGACACUUCCACAUCUGGCAGCAGCAGAGGUAAAUCACAUAUCAGGCAUGGCAGGAAAGGAGUAAAACUUACAACACCCUCCUGCCUGUCUAAAGCUACUGUGCACCCACAUCUUGAGGGCUUUGUGCAGCACUGGUCCUUGCACUCCCAGGAGAUAAUUAUGGGUUUGGGGAGAGCAAUGGCAUUAGGGAAUGAGGUGCGUCCCUGCCCAUCCAUGCUCCCCAGAGCUGAGGAGCAGCUCAGGAAUGUGAGCCCCUUCUCCAUGGGCACCUUGAUGUGGUGGCCCAGGGCUGGGUGCUGCUCUUCCCCCUGCUCUCACCACUCCAAAACCAGCCAUGAGGAGAGAUUCAAAGGCCCUUUUCUGAUGAGGUGCUGCAGCAGUACCCAUUUAAUCUUUGCAGACCUCCCUGUGAGAAAGCCCCUGAUGACUGCCCUGCAAUGAUAAUGCUGAGCUACCCCAACCCUCAUUUGGCCACCCACAAAUAAUUUCCUGGUCCCCAAAACCCUCUCCAAGCCUUACUUUCCUAUAGCUGGGGCAGACAGAGGUUCCCACAGCUGUCCCAGCGCACAAAGUCCAGCCAGCUUUGGGAAAAAUGGCUUUUCUUGCAUCUGCAGCAGGAACAGGAACCUAAAAAUAAACCACCUGCCCCUUUCUCUUUCAGUGAGCAGGGGGGAAAGCAGAUAAAAAAUAAGUGCGACCCUUCCUCUUCCAAACUUGGGGAUAAAGAUAGCUUCAAGAUUAUUUUGAAAGGCUUUUUUGUUUUUCCUGAAAUGCCUUUUUUUGACUUGUCGUUCCAAACCCACCAGUACAUGAUUUUGCCCACAAAAGAUUUUUCUUUCAGCAGAGCUGCAUUUCAGAAAGCUGGAAGCCUGCCAACCUUUUAGCAAAAAAUAAUCAGUCCAGCCUUUGUUUCCAUGAGGGAUUAUGGGAUUUGGGUGAAUUUUACAGGAUUUAAAAUUUCUUGGAAAGCUGGUGGCCUUAAGAAGGCAAGGCCUGAAAAAUUAGUUUAGUUUGUGAAAAGGUGGUUCUGAAAAGGUUCAUGUGCCUUGUAGCCCAGCCUGGGAUGUGACCCAAGUCCCCUAGACACAUGGGGCUGGAAGAUGGAUGGGGCUGGCAAAGCCAGGUGUGAUGAGGUUCCCAGGGCACGAAAGUUUACUUUGCUUUCUGAUACAAAAUCUGGGUUUACACUUCCCAUCCUCUGCAGAGAUUCCCUCUGUGGGUACACAGGGAAAAAGGGAAAAGCAGGCUGAUCUAUAAAACACCACUGGGUGUUUUAUACAGUUACACAGGGGUGUAACUUCAGUACUAUGUCUGGGGAUGCUCCUUCUCCAGUCUGGGGCCAGCUCCUGCUCAGGCAGCCUCCAUCUGAGAAUGACCCAUCAGUUUAUCACACUUUUUCCAUAUUGGCUGGGCUGGAUAUUUCUGAAGUUGCUAGGCUCUUGUUUUAAGUAAAAGUUUCUGUGAAAAUCUGAUUCAAAAGAAUGUUGUAUGUGAGAAAUUGUGGGGCAAGGGAAAUAUGCAUUUGAACUGAGAAAGCAAAUGUGUUAAUUCAAAAAGAAUUCUUUCUAAAAAAAUGACCCUGGGUCAGGCUCUCAUUAAAGCACACACAGCUUCCAGAGAAAACCAUGCUUCAUUUCUUGCCUUAGGACUCAGCUGGCUCCUCUCAGCCAUGGUGAGAGCUGAUAGGAGGCUGGGAUGGGGGCAGUUUCCCUUUGACACCUCCCACCAGCAACAGCUUGCUCCAAGCAGAACUCCCUGGACCUCAUCCUCAUCCUGCCCACAACCCCAGAACACUGCACCCCCUCAUGAUGCUCUUGGUUACAGAGCUCAGGCAGAGUCCAGGCAGUAGCCUCACUUGCUGGGCUCCCAAAAAACAGAGCACCCAGGCAGGGGAGACAUUGUGUUACAGGCUAAUUUGUUCUUGGCUUAAUGCUACCCUCAGGACUAAUUACUUUAUAUUAAAACAUCUGUGAAAUGGAGUAAUAAAUAAAUAAAGCUGAGAGAGAAGAGAUGUUACUCCACAAUGCAAAGCACCAGAACAGAAAGCAACAUUGCUUUUCAUCUGCAAUUCAGAGCCACU